GGGGUUUUGAACCGAUGCUGAUUAGCAAUUUUCGCCUAGUGUACACAUACACACACACACUCACAUCCUGUAAUAGAAUCUUAAAUCAGAUUCUAAAAUUAGAUUCAGAAAUCAGAUUUUGAAAUCAGUUUCUGAAAUCAAAAUUGUGAUCAGCUACUGAACUAAAAUGUGUGGGUAGGUGGCAGUAGGGGGUGGGGCUGGUCUUUUCUAAGUUUAUUUAAUUUUUUAUGUAUUAAUUGUUAUUUCUUUAAUUUUAAUGUACUAAUUUUUUCUAUCUUACUUGUUUGUAGCUUUUAUAUGUUGAUCAGUUUGUCAUUGAGGAAGUUAGAGUCAAACGAAAAACUCCAGUUCUCAAAGGUUGGACAACCAAUAUGUUGUCUAGUCGUGAGAAAUUGGAAAUUUUUAAGGGGAGGCUUGGACUUUUUUGAUAAAAAUUUGAAGCUUGUUGGUCCUUGUGGCAGCAAACAACCAAAAAUGGAACAAUCUGAUCAAAUUGGUACAAAAAACGAAGAAACUGAACAAGAUCCAAAGAAGAAAAGCGCAUUUUCAUAUUUCAUGGAUGGUCAAGGAACUAUACAAAGUGUUGUUUUGUCGAAAGAGAUCAAGUCUAUGGAUUCUGAAGUGAUUGAUUUACUCUGGAAGUCUUCAGAUGAUGAUCAUUUGCAUUGUGGAGUUGCAAUGAUGAGGCAUAUGGAAACAUAUAUGGGUUUGCAAAAGUGGAAUUCAGGUUUAAAGAAAAAUAAUGUAAGUCUUUCACAUUUCAUGCUUGUUGUUGCAACUUACAGGCCGUGUUCCUUACUAAAAUACUUAAUUAUUUGCUUAUUUGUCAAAUGA